AUCCUUCCUCUGUUUUGACAAACGAAUGUCGAUUUAGCCGCAAGAUCUAGCACGGCGAAAACCGACCAGUUUUCGAAUUUAGUACUCUUCCCAGACCUUCAAUUGUUAACUGCUGUGCUAUUUUGACGGCGAUUUGCUCGGAUGGCUAACCAGCCAUGUAACACCAUGCAUCCUGAAGUUGACGUGUUUAUUAGCAACUACACCUUGGUGGACCCUGAUGUUUAUCAACUAUGGGUAGAUGGUUGUUCGUCUCAAGAAGCCGUGAACGCAUUAGACGCGAAAGGGGUCACGAAGCAGACUGGUGCAACAAGGGAGUUACUAACAUCCGACGUUCUUGAUCAUUAUCGUACUUACAGCUUACUGGAAAGGCUUCUGUACAACCCACCGAAGCUAGAGGAGCAGCUCGCUUUUCAGAUUGAACCACAGACUAAACGUCUUCUGAUUGAAAAGUACUAUGACUUUGAUGAUGAAGUUAUAAGAGAACUGUUGGGGAAAAAACUGUCUUCUCGACAUCGCAAAGACUUGGAUGAAGUCAGUGAGAAAACAGGAAAAUCAUUGAAAUCCUGUAGGAGGCAGUUUGAUAAUGUGAAAAGAGUGUUUAAAACUGUUGAGGAGAUGCCUGGACCACUUGUACGAAACAUUCAGAAACAUUUCUUACUUCAUGAGGAAACAGCAAAACGCUACGCUGCUGUUGUCUUUAUAGGACUGGCUCGCUUUGAGACAGGAAAACGCAAGCUGCAACAUCUAGUACUGUCUGAUUUUGAACACUGUGCUCAUGCUAUCAUGGGAAGCUGGACAUAUCGAGAUCCGGGGACAGAACAUGAUCACACUGACCUAGACAGAGAGUUCUUGCUUGACCUGCGUGAACUCAGAUGCCUGCAGGAUAAAGAGAAAGAACAUAAGCAUUUAGUGCUGAUGAGAUUAAAGCCAGUCCUCUUGGAACGGUCUCUCAAUGAGCUGGAGUCAAGCUUCCGCUCAUAUUCUCGUGCAUUGGUGGGUAUUGCUGCAGGCCUUCACCGUACACGAGAGGUCCGAUGUUUGUUUGUAGAGCUUGUUGAACGUUGUUUGGAACCAUGGAGGCAAGCAGGUUGGCCACAUCAAGACCUUCGAUCAUUCCUCAAUGCUUAUACUACGUCAGCACUUGAGAUGGACAUCUUCAGGGAACCUGAAUUGAAAGCAGCUUGGGAGCGAUACAUGAGUGUGAUCAUAAGCUGUCUUCUGCGCAUGUAUCAUACGUGAUGGAAUCAUCAUGUGUAAUUUGUGUCCUGAUUGUGGAAGGUUGGUUACAAAACAAAUUUUGAAAUGUAUAAUAUUUGGUUUUAUUUCUUACAUACCAUGUACAAGAUGUAUUAUAUACUGUGUAUUUUUGUACAAAGUUUAUUUAAAUGAAAAAUACAGCAUUCUACAUUGCUUAUUGUCCUAUUUUUACUCAAAAGAGACUAUAACCUGUGACCCUAUUGCCCUUCAUUUCUUUUUUUCAAUGGGUUUCUAUUUUCACAUAAAUAUGGAAUGUCCAUAUGAGAUCUGAAGCUAGUUAGAACGCUUUAAGCCUGUAAUGUUGAGGCAUCAUGUUCUGGAGCAAACAGGUUUUCUCAUUUUAGAAGGGGAAUACAUUUACUAUAACAUAGGCAUUGAUAACAGUAUUUUUCUUUUUAUUAAUUUGAUAAUUUUUUUGCAAUAAUAGCUUUACAAUACACUAGAGGU